UGUAAAUAUCAAGUGGUUAACGAAUAAUUAGUGUUUCAUUGGCGAACAAGCCCCUCUGAUCCCCGUCUACUCUGUUAGACCCCUCCCACGUAGAGCCGCCCUGAAGACUUAGACCCCUUUUGAAAGACAGCACAGGGGAAAAAUACGAAUUUAUGUCUAAUUUCCCGCAGCUACUGCGUUGAUGAGCAGCAGUCGAAGAACUCCAUUCUAACUGAAUGGAUUGGCAUGGGGAGAAGCGGACCUCAAAACUUGGCUAAGCGGCAGCUUUGGAAUUAUAUUAAUUGUACGAUGGCUUUACUUUCGCUGCUACUCAGACCAGCACACUGCCAGCAGUGCCGUAUCCAGCGCUGCAAUGCGGAGUACGUGGCCUCUACCUCGCCCUCUAGUGGUCUCCAAGAGGACUCCCUGUCCGAUGUGGACUACUGCAUCGCCCUGCGCGCCUACGCCCUGUGUACCCGACGCACGGCGCGCAGCUGCAGGGGCGACCUGGUCUACCACUCAGCUGUGUUCCGCAUCAAGGAGCUCUUCUCCCAGCAAAACUGCUCCAGCGACGGGCCCACCUCCUCAGCCAAGGCCACCAGCACCAGCAGGCCGGCCGUGUCCGAGCUAUGCGACUACGAGAGCCGUGUGCUGGCCUUGGGCCCCGCAGGCCAGGGGAAGAAGUACGCCCACUGUGGAUUAUUCGGAGACCCGCACCUGCGGACGUUCCGCAACGAGUUCCAGACGUGCAAGGUGGAGGGGGCAUGGCCUCUCAUCGAUAACCGCUACCUGUCAGUGCAGGUGACUAACGUGCCUGUUGUCCUGGGCUCCAGUGCCACCGCCACCAGCAAGAUAACGGUGAUCUUCAAGUCGUACCAUGGCUGUACGGAGCAGAAGGUGUACCAGGCCACCACAGAAGACCUACCCUCUGCCUUCCAGGAUGGCACACGGAGUGGUGGGGAGGGGGGCAGUCUGUGGAUCGUAGAGAAGGGCGGCUCCGGGGGCCGCCUGGUGAAGAUCCAGGCCCGCUACAUCGGGACGUCCAUCAUAGUGCGCCGGGUGGGCCGCUACCUUACCUUUGCCAUCCGCAUGCCGGAGGACACCCUUGACUUUUCUGAGGAGAACAGUGGGCUGCAGCUCUGUCUGCACGGAUGCCCGCGCAACGAGCUCAUCAAGGAGCACAUGCUGGGGCGCCAACCUCUUCACCCCCGCCUCCCGGGCUCUGGGUCUAACCCCGAGCUGGGGCCCCUCCUGCCCCCACACCAGACCUACACAGUGGAGCAUGCCACGGCCAAGUGCAGGGAGACCCUGCAGGUGGAGGACGUGUACUUCCAGUCCUGUGUGUUUGACCUGCUCACUACGGGGGACCCUGAGUUCUCCAUGGCAGCCUACGGGGCCCUGGAGGAUCUGAAGGCCCUUCCUCCCAGCAAACUGAAGCAGAACUCUCCGAGGACUCCUCGUGUCCAACUCAACAGAGGCGGGCCACACAUACUGGCUACAGCCACUCCCAGUCUGGUCACAUUCCUGCUUCUGGUUCUGCUGCUUUUGUAAAGGGAAAAUAGGACUCAAAGUUGAAGUGACCCCAGCUUGAGGACAGAGUGCCUAAAAGUCAGAGAUGUUUUUCUUUUGCAUUUGUGAAUGUUGUGGUUCUUUUCCUGUCACUGAACCGUUUGAAGGAUUUAACACUCAAAAAGGAUCCCAAUGCUUCUUGUCCCCAAAUACAUGAUGGCUGCCAGUAUCUGCCACUUAAUUGAGUAUGAGUCUGAAUGCACACAAUCAUGUGGGAUCUGUCGAUGGUUAAGUGCGUAAUGCUCUUUCCAUUUUCACACUGUUUGUAAAUUGGAUUAAGACUGUUACAGGAUGCUUGAAAUGUGAAAUUCAUCAUAACACUGUUGUUGUCGUCUGUGAGCCUGGAUGUAAGACAGCUUAUCAAAAGUCAUCUUUGUAAAUAUUUCAUGUUUGUUGGGAAUACGUCACGAUGCACACAACCCUGCCAGACAUCACAAUCAUAGAAAGUAGGCCUAUCAGGCUGAAGAUGGUGAAAAUGGUCUAUUAUAGUGCAGAGACCUUUGUGUCUUUCAUUUCCACAAUCUUCUUUACAGUAUCAUCAUUUGGCACCAAACAGUUAACACUACACAUUUUAGUUCCUCUGUGUUGUCAUAUUUACUGAAAAUAUGUAUGUUUCUUAAAUGGGAUGAUCCAACAACUAACUGAAAAUACUACCUAUCCAUAUGUAUUUGGUUUAAGUGUGAUAUUCUCUGUACUUUUCACUGCAUCCAAGUGUGAUAGUUAUCAGUUAGGUGAAACACUCCCUCUUCAAGCUGCUUGGCUUUCAGUUUUUAAAGGUAAAGAAACAAAAUCUCUAUAUAAUAAUAUAUUGAAAGAGUGUAUAUAUGUGUUUUAUACUGUGUACAUUUUCCUGUGUAUAGAUGUUUUAACUGUACUAGUUUUAUUGUUGUGAUUAGUUAGGUAUUUUUAAAUUCUUGUAUGAAAAGUUAACUAAUAUGUGUUUUACCUUAGCUGUCAUUUUCCAUAUUAAAAAGUGUUGGACACCA